AUGGGCAGCAACACUCCACUGGUGCUGUACGGAGGGCCCUUGGGCGCACUGCUGCGUGAGACCGAGGGAUCGAGGUGUGUCUUCCGGCCAGAAGGGUUCUCAGAGGAGGCAGAGGCUGCACCCUGGGUCCUUGACAGCCAGCGGGUUGCUUGCUUUCCACCCGCGAUUCCCGGGCUGCCUGGUGGUCGCAAGGUUGGCGUUACUUUGCGGAUUCACGGCAUGGCUCUACCUUCCGAGGCCACCUUCCUCCUCUUUCCGGAGCGGCGCCUUACGGCGGCUCCGCUUCAAGGUUGCCAGAUGCCAAGCAACGGCUUAGGCGUUGAUGAUCGGAAUGAGAGAGCAUGGAGCGUCUUCCACGCGAAUCAUCAAGGGGCCCAAGUGAAACUGUGGGUGACGCCGACUGCCUACGACCCGCAAGGGGUUCUGAUGACUCUGAACAGCUUCUAUGGACAUGAGAAAGCGGCGGUGCUGCCGGUAAGGUUCAGCACCUACUUUAUUGACCCCACGGAGGGAGCUGCAGAAGCCUGGGGCUUGCUCGUUCGGGGCGCGGCAUCUGUCGAGGUCUCUCCAUCCAUGCUCUUGGCGACGCCAAAAGUCACCUCCGUCUAUCCUCGCAUGGUGCCGUGGUCUAUCUCGCCAUCCGAACUCCUUGCCUUGGCUACACGCAGUGAGGAUCCAAGCUUGCUGAUUGUGGGCCUGGGCUUCGUGAACACAAACUUGCUCCGAUGCCGGCUCGUCGACACGGCUCUGCUGGCAUGUGACAGCCAAAGAAGCGCUCCGGACUGUGAGAUCAAGUUGAAGGAUACUCAGUGGCACCAGCAGGUGCGCUGCGGCCUUCCUCCCUUCGAGCUGCCAGGAAGCUCCAACGUGAAGAUUGAGGUGUCGAAUGAUGGCACCGAGUGGUCCACGGAGAGUUUCGAGGUCUACAUCGUCUCCGCCCUCGAGCUCCGCAAGGGCCAUGCUCGAGGCCAGCGGAAAAGAAGGAGCCUUGUCAAGGCUGACGGGAAUGGAGCCCUUUUCCUGCAUCCCGUUUCAAAAACGAAGGGCUCGGCUUUGACGACCAUACUGGCGAACCAUGAGCUGGGAUGUCAUCGAGUUGCACGGUUCAUAAAGAAGGUUUUCCUUCCGGUUGAUUACCCGUCGUCUGUCACCAAGAACUACGUGCACUUCAUCUGGUUCACUGCCGGUCAGUUGCUCUUUUGCCACAUGUCAAAAGUCAUCGCCACACAGGCCAUGCUCCUAGCUGUGGGUGUGGGCGGUCGUGAGAUGGUUCCGAUGGCAGCAGUCACGGCCUGGGUCUUGAAGGAUGGCAUCGGGCAUCUCUUGGCCAUCCUUGUCGGAACCUUUAUCAACAAGCGCUUCGACUCAGAUCCGAAGCGUUUUCGCUUCCAGGCCAUAGCCUUGGCCAAGACUGCUGACCUCAUCUGUAUCCUUACGCUGCAGUGGCCCAAAUACUUCUUCGCCCUGUCCGCCUUGGGGGGUGCACUGGGGCGACUGAGCAUGAACACCGGCCAGGCCUCGCGCCCGAGGGUCCUCGAGACCUUUGCAAGAGCCAACAAUCUCGGCGACAUCAUGCGAUGUAACACCGCCCAGAUGACUGCCUCAGAGCUUCUGGGGACCGGCUUGGGCGCUUGCCUGGGACGAUUUUUGGGCGCAGAGGUCCACCUCAUGAUAUGUGCCAGUACUAUUCUGGCCUUAGCCUCCUUGGCAUGCUGCUACCAGGCCACGUGCCAGGUCCAGAUGAAGUCGUUGAAUCGGCAGCGGGCCGAGUUGGUGCUGGAGCCAGCAGUGCACCACAUCUGCGCCAGCUUGAGCAUACCGAAUCACAACGGGGCUUCAGGAAGCGAUGGGAUGGAUCCACAGAGUCCAAACAAGAGCCCAGCUGCAAAGGCUGUGCUCGUUCCCUCUGUAGAGGAGAUCAGAGACCGCGAGGCGUUUGUUCGUCCAUACAGGUCAGCAGGUUGUACGCGCUUGGACGUGAACCCCAUGCUUGAAGCCUCCUGCCAGCUCCUCACGCCUCUGGACUCAGCAGCGAGACAUAUCUUGGGCUACUCCAGACGGCGACUGGCUCUAUGGUACCACAUGGAGGCGACAGCUCCAGACGUCCUGAAGGGCUUCCUCCAGUCUCAGCUGCUGCGCAAGUUGGCAGACCAGGAUGGUGGCGAUGGCGAUCUUGCCAAGCUUAGCCUUCUUGCUGCCGACCUCGCCGAGCUGUGGUGGCCAUUGGUUCAUGCAGCACUGCUGGCUGCAGGGUGGCAGACAGAGCUGGUGUUUCUGGAUGCCAAAGAGAAGCGAAUUUGCAUCCAAGACUCUGCACCUUCCCAGGUGAUUUGCUGA